UCCAUAGCAGAGCGCCGGGCUCGAUUGACACUGUCUGCUGAUCUGCUACUGCGGCUGGCUCAGAAUAACAAGGCUGUUCGCUAAUACCCGUCUAUCAGGGCUUUCGCCGAAACACUGAGCGAAGAGAAUCCAAAAAAGCCAACAAGGCAGGCAAGAACGCCGCGCCUCCGAAGUCCGCACCCCAGGAUGGCUUCGGGAGACCUUUACGAGGUGGAGCGGAUUGUUGACAAGCGGCGAAACAAGAAGGGCAAGUGGGAGUACCUGAUCCGGUGGAAGGGCUACGGAAGCAAGGAGGACACCUGGGAGCCGGAGCACCACCUGCUGCACUGUGAGGAGUUCAUUGACCAGUUCAACAGCCUACACCUGUAUCCCGGACACAAGCGUUCUAAACCCCCCAAGCUGCCCCUUGGGGUAACAGGGGGACCCGGGAGGCCAGGAGAGGCCCCAGGGGGGGUGGGGACACGACUUCUCAACACCCGUCCUACUGCCCUGGACAGUCCUAGAGGCCAGACAGAGGCACGCAAGAAGAAAAAGACUAGUGGUAGUCCAAUGGCACAGAUGGGUUCGGUGCCGGGGGGAAGGAUGGGUGAGGGUUUGGAGGCUGGUACCGGAGAUUGUCAAAAGCAGAAGAAGGUGAGUCGAGGAGGAGCUGAAGGUGGAAGAGGAGGUGGAGGUGGGAAGCAUGUUUAUCCACACAGGGUGACCAAAGCCAUGACUUACAAGGCGUCUCCAGGGGGACUGCAGUUUGUGCCCCCGGUGAGGGGCCCUCAUAACGGACUACAGAAUGGAGAGUCGGACACACCCCUGUACAGGGCAGCAGCCAGGACACACAGACUGCCCCAGGACAGAGUGGGCAGGGUAGAGAGGGUAGUUGGAGAAGUGGAGAACACUGGGACACCACUGGUCAACGAACUAGGUUCCACAAUCUCCAACGGUGGGAUUAAUCUGCAAAGUUCUGUGAAGAGAAAGCUUGGCGACAACAAAGGCUAUGUUUUCGACAAGAGGCUUAGGUACAAUGUGCGACAGAAUGAGACCAACUGUCGAUUCCGUGACAUUGUUGUCCGGAAGGAGGAGGGCUUUACGCAUGUGCUACUCUCCAGUCAGACGUCAGACAACAACGCAUUAACACCAGAGAUAAUGAAGGAGGUGUGUCGGGCUCUAGGGAAUGCAGCAGCUGAUGACAGUAAACUGUUGCUGCUCAGUGCUGUAGGGACGAUCUUUUGCAGUGGCCUGGACCCAUCGUACCUGAUAGGACGCCUCUCUACGGACCGCAGGAAAGAGAGCAGCCGAAUUACCGAAGCAGUACGGGAUUUUGUGCUGGCAUUUAUCCAUUUUAAGAAGCCUAUCGUCGUGGCAAUCAAUGGGCCUGCCAUGGGCUUAGGGGCUUCUAUCUUGCCCCUGUGUGAUGUGGUGUGGGCCAGCGAGCGGGCCUGGUUCCAAACGCCUUGUGCAGCCCUCUGUCUCACCCCCUCUGGCUGCUCCUCCUAUACAUUCCCACAGAUUCUGGGAGUGGCUCUGACCAAUGAGAUGUUGUUCUGUGGGAGGAAACUCACGGCACAGGAAGCCUGCAGUCGGGGCCUGGUGUCACAAGUCUUCUGGCCAACCACGUUCAACCAGGAAGUGAUGCUGCGCGUAAAAGAGAUGGCCACCUGCAGUGCCAUGGUUUUGGAAGAGUCUAAAUGCCUGGUGAGGAGUAUCUUGAAGUCGGUCCUGGAGGAGGUGAAUGAGAAGGAGUGUCAGAUGCUCAAACAGCUGUGGUGCUCCACCAAGGGACUGGAGGCUCUCUUCAGCUACCUGCAGAACAAGGUGUAUGACAACUGACUUUGGACCACUCAUCUGUGACCUCUUACCUACACACACCUGCAGAAUUAUCUACGGGCCAAAAUAUCUACUCUUCAGUUAUUGAUCUACAUUGCUGAAGAUAUAGGUUUUUGGUCUUCAGUCUCCAACAGACACAUCUGGUCCUUGGUCUUCUUCAAAAACCAGCCGUUCUACAAGGCCUUCACUCUGUUUGUCAACAUCAGGACCUGCAGGUCACAUUCAUUUCAUCCCUUAAGUUCCUAGCUUGUAACAGAGGAUAUGCUAGGCCUACUGUUUUUUAGCUGUGGGUCAAGCAUCACUCUGUAGUACUCUAGCAGGCUGCAGUAUGCUGUUUUCCUAUCAGCCUGCUAGAAGUACAGUAAACUUCUUCCAGAAGAAGCCCUGACCUGGAGCAGGAAGUAAUGGCGCUGAACGUGUCUGUUUAGAAAAGAGGCAAUGCACCAAAAUGUUGUCUGAGUGUGUGGAGGAAAAAGAGCUAAUCUGAUGGCUAAUGUAAUUGUUUAAUUAUUUAUUUUAAAUUGUAUUUGGAUUUGUUCCUAAAUGCAAAAAAAUAUGAAAGUAUACUGUGUAUAUAUAUGUUUCAUUGAUCUGCUGUUUAUUUUUUGUAUAUUCCUUUAGUCACUUUUAGGCAGGCACGGCGAUACACUGGGGCUAGGGGGGCCUAUAGCCACGUCUCAAAUCUGCAUAGCCCCAGUUCAGCCCCCUCAAGCAUUUUAGUAUUUUAAAAAUGAGAACUUCCAUAAACUCUGAUGUCAUGAAAAUCUACAAUUGUCUUAUUCCCCCAUGUAUUUGUCAAGCUCCCCCUUUUCCCUGGGAGAGAAAGAAUCCUGGCACCGUGCCUGCUUUUAAGUGAAGUGUCCAACUUGGGCGCUGAGUAGGCAAAGUGAAAAUCAAUGGUUUGGUUGAGGACAGAGUGGAACACAGAUCAUCUCACUUUAUAUUCCAUCCUCUCCUCAUGAUGAGUUGGACAAUUCAGUAAUCCUGGCCAAAGAUGUAAAGAAUAAUUGAAGGGAAACCUGUCAGUUGAAUUGGCGUUUAAUAUGAGUGGCAUUGAGGAAGAAUUAUAGGUAAAGCCUGAUUAUACCUAUUCAAGGGAUAGGGAAUUUACUGUGAAUGGACUUUGUUGAACACUUUCUGGAUUGAUAUACUGGUAGACCAUUUUAUGAGAUUCUCUUGGAAGUGUUUAUUUAGUGUUUGGUUUGUCUCGAAGGGUGUUUUUCACCUUUGGUUUAUUGUAGAAGUAUAGAAGAGCCCUCUUACCAUGAUCAACACUGCCAUAGAGAUGCUGUCUGACAGUAUCUCCUCUUUAGAAUGUGGAUACUGUCAACAGUAGGCAUGGGACAAACUGACCAUUUCACGUAACACUUAAACAGGCAUCUUUUUGCGUUUUUCCAUUAAAACUAAGGAAAAUAUAUGUCAUGUGAAAUGUUGUGUCCAGGCUUGAUGUUGUCACAACGUCAUCAAACCAGCAAAGUCAUGCUGUAGCCUCAGUGUAGUAAGUUAUUAUAAGUUACUACAUUAUAAAUACAGUAAAAGGACAGGCUACAGCCACAAACAGCUAGGCCUAUAAUGUUAUGUUACAGGCCUACAAACAGUUAGCUAAAAAUGUGAGCUAGCUAGCUAGCUUAUAGCUUCUCUUGGUUUGUUGCAGUGACAACUUAUAAAAGAAACAAUAUAUGAUUAUUAGUGAUAACUGUUUUAUCUUUGUAUAUUUUUAAAUGAAUAAAAUCGUUUUUUGGUUAUAUAUUUCAUAAAGUUAACAAUGCCAUGGUCGUUAAGAUGUUUUAAUGUUUAAACAUUAGAUAUCUCCCUAGGAAAGGAUGGAAACAGACAGAGAGGGUGAGAAAGGAAGCCAUCAAAGCAUGGUCAAAGCAUUAUCAUUUCUAUCAGCAGCAACAUGUGUUGCACCAUCAUUAUCAUCAGUCAAGGUACAUGUACAGUGGAUAUAAAAAGUCUACACACUCCUGUUAAAAUUCCAGGUUUUUGUGAUGUAAAGAA